CCAUCAUUACUCGACAAUCGACAGUUUGAGUUGGUGUGAAAUGAAAACGAAAGUAAAACGACACUUUUCAAAGUAUAAAGUUGGCUAUCAUUUUAAAUAGUUUGAAUUCGUCUUUUUAUUACAAGUCAUUCAUGUCUGGAGAUGCUUCCUCCAGUGGUGCCCCUAGGUUCUGGAAACCAGGCACAGCUGGGCCAGGGCUGACCAAGAUAUCAGAGGAGAGGACAACAUCAUCCGAUCAGAGUGGUAUUGGAAACGCAAGUGUAGCAUACAAUCCGCACAGAAAUUUGUCAAUAGAGCAACAGAGACAGAAACUUCCUGUGUUUCAGUACCGGAACCAUAUAUUGUACUUAGCUGAGAAAUAUCAGACCGUUGUUAUCAUUGGUGAGACUGGAUGUGGCAAAAGUACUCAGAUUCCACAGUAUCUCCUUGAAGCUGGAUGGGGAAAUGAAGGACAUGUCAUUGGAGUCACACAGCCCCGGAGAGUUGCUGCUGUUACUGUUGCCACUCGCAUCGCUGAGGAGAGGGGAGCCAUUCUGGGGGAUGAAGUGGGAUAUCUGAUCCGUUUUGAUAAUUGCUGUGAUGAGGAAAGAACAAAAAUCAAGUUUAUGACAGAUGGCAUGAUGAUCAGAGAAAUCAUGAAGGAUCCGCUGCUACAGAAGUACAGUAUAAUUCUACUAGAUGAAGCACAUGAGCGUGCUCUGAACACUGACAUCAUAUUAGGACUGCUCAGAAAGAUACAAAAAAAAAGGAAGGAUCUCAAAUUGAUUGUUGCAUCUGCCACUUUGGAUGCUGAAGAAAUGAGAAACUUCUUCAACACGAAUGAAACAGAUGACCCAGAGAAGGACACAGCAGCAAUAUUGACUGUUGAGGGAAGAGAGUACCCUGUUGAUGUUCAUUACGCACUAGAUCCCGUGCCAAACUACAUCAAAGCAUCAGUGGAGACAGUUAUGAAGAUACACUUCAAUGAAAGACCUGGAGAUAUUAUUGUUUUUCUCACUGGCAUGAAUGAAGUAGAUGAUGUCGUGUCACAGUUAAUAUCUGAGGCAAGGAAACUGAAAAAAGAUUCUAUGAAGAUGCGUGUCCUGCCCAUGCAUGGUAGUUUACCUGCGGCUGAACAGAUGAAAGUGUUUGAAAGAACGUCAAAAUAUACAAGGAAGAUUGUGGUUGCCACCAAUAUUGCCGAAACAUCUAUCACCAUUCCAGGGAUUACCUACAUUGUUGAUACAGGUUUCGUCAAGUUGAAGGCAUACAAUCCAAAAUCUGGCAUAGAGUCUCUGGUGAUCAUUCCUGUGUCCCAAGCCUCAGCCAACCAGAGGGCUGGGAGAGCAGGCAGAGUGAGAGCGGGCAAAGCCUACAGGCUGUACACAGAGGAAGAGUUUGACAAACUGCCAGUGUCCACUGCCCCAGAGAUGCAGAGGAGCGACCUGGCUCCCGUCAUUCUACAGCUCAAAGCUCUUGGCAUUGCCAAUGUGCUCAGAUUCCACUUCAUGUCUCCUCCCCCUGCACAGAACAUGGUCAGGGGACUGGAGCUGCUGUAUGCCCUGGGAGCCAUUGAUGAUGCUGGGAAUUUGACUUCCCCGCUUGGUCUACAAAUGGUUGAAUUCCCUUUGUCACCAUCCUUCUCAAAGAUGCUCCUUUCUUCAGGAGAGUUUGGCUGCACUGAGGAAGCCCUCAUUGUGUGUGCUAUGACACAGAUACAGAAUGUGUUUGUGACUCCAUCGGACAGAAAAAUGGCUGCUGAAAAAGAACGCAGGAAGUUUUCUGUGAUGGAAGGGGAUCACCUCUCUUUGGUCAAUGUGUAUAAGAGCUUUAUCAAGUAUGGCCAGAACUCUCGAUGGUGUCAUGAACACUGCCUCAACUACAAAGGUUUAAACAGAGCUGUGGAAAUCAGCAACCAGCUGGGUCGUCUGCUCACCAAGUUCAAGGUCAAACUGGUGUCCUGUAAAGGUAAGACCUUUCUGUUACACACAGUGCUGCCGUAAGCUGACAAAAUGCCUUUUUAAGGGCUAUUCACAGCAAUUUCGAGAUAAAGAAGCUUUUUUCAGCGUUACCUUUUAAAAAAGGCGUUUUUCCGAAAUUUGAAUUCUAUUUUAUUCCCCCAAAAAAUCUUAGUUUCACUUUAAUUUU